UUGGGCGAGCGGUUUCGCGUUGCCACCGUUGAAAUUUUCACGAAUUUUCCCAGGUUACGUGUCAAGGAGCAAGUCUCUGACUCCAAAGAACGCGUGUGUGUGAGCCAAUUAAAGGCCAAAAGCUCAUCAUCAAUUGUGCCUGUGGCCAAGUGUCAGGUGUUAAAGGUUUUUUGUUUGUGUGUUGUUACCAAAAAUUAAAGAUCAACCCUUGGGCUAAAAUAAAAAAAAAUGCCCUCCCCUAGCCUUUGUGUUUGAACCUGGCCAAGUGCCAGAGCUGAAUAAAAAGGGAACCCGGAAAAGCGAUAUCAUCAUGUCGAGUGGCAGCCUGCUGGACGUCCUCUGCAGUGGGAGUGGCGCCCGCCUGGCUCUGGGAACCUCGGUAAUAUCCUAUUUGAUUGUCUACAAUGAGGCAUCAGCGCCGAGUCUGCUCUUUGCUGUUGUUUUGGCCACCAUUUAUGGUACCAUGGCAGCACGUUGCAAGACCAGUUUGCGGAGCCUGCAAAUGCCCUAUGUGAGGGCCACAAAUAAAUUUGACUUUGGUUGCCUUUUUUUGGCCAUUUGGCUGGAUGCCCUGGCCGCCAUGUGUGCCUGUGCUGCCUUGGCCAGGACCCUGAGUGCCUGUCUAGAUGCCAUGACAGGGGGUUUGGCAAGGAUUCUCAUAUUGGGCCGCAAUGCACCCACGAAUGAACCCUGGCCGGAUGUGCUUGGUGUAUCCGCUGUCUUCCUAGUCACGGGCAUGUUCAUGCUGGGCCUGGAGCACUCGAGGGCCUUCAGCCUCAUCCUGACACUUGGCAUGUUUGGCCUGAACGCCAUUCUCAGUGCCGUUGGCUGGUGGCGGGGUGAUCUCGUGGCCUGGUCGACGGAGCACUCCUUCCAGCCGGAUGGCAUUAGCAGUGUCUUCCUGGCCGCCGCCCUGCUCACGUACUCCUUCCCCAGCGAUUGGCCACAACAGCAUCGAAGUGGAAGGUUCACCAUUACCUUAAUCACCGGAUUGGUCAGUAUUUCGCUACUGCUGACAGCCAUUUGUCUUUCCACUGUAGUGCACUACAAGUGAACCCAUGAGGACUAUGUGGCUGUGCCUCUGUUCAACAUCCUGGAUGAGAGUGGCUUCCAUAAGCUGGUUCCUGCCUCGGCUUGCAUGCUGCUCCUCACCAGUUCGGCGGCCUUUUUGGAGCUCUUUCCGGAGCUCUAUGGAAUUGUGGUUCGUUUGGCCACCUCGGAGUGGCGGAUAUUGUCCAAGCAGAUCAGUUACGAGAGCUCGGAGAGUGGCAAUCCCGUCCUGGCAGUGUUUAUAGCCGGUAGCAUGUGUGCCAUGUUGGCCUUUGCCUGUCCCUUGCAACAUUUGAGUUAUACCUUGGCUGCUGGCCAUAUGGGUGGAGUGUUCCUAAGGGCUUUCUAUCUCCUAUAUACUCCCUACCGGCCCAAGUUCAUGGCGCCUAGUAGCGAGUCCUCACUGUCGUACAGUAGACUAUCCACGGCACCGAUAGCCAAGAGCAGCAGCUGCAGCAGUGCAGCAACUUCCAGUUCUAGUCGCCUGAAGAGAAGCCUCUGGAACAUAGGUUUAACCAAACAUUCGAGUCUAAAGAAACCCAAAUCGAAGACCAGGAAUAAGCAGGAGCUGGAGAAGGAAUGGCUGCUCCUGGGUGAGCCCACAUCGCCGUGUCCGCAGAGAGAAAGCAGAGAUGUAGAGUCCACCAUACUGUCUGAUGGAGAGCCGCCUCCCUCUGACUUUGAGUAUCCGGAAAAGUUUGACAAAAGCGAUUCGGACACCUCCACGGACAUUGAUGCCAUUGUGGAUGAGUAUCGCGAGAAAAUCAAGGUCACCACAGCUGGACCCUUGGAGCGCAGUGUGCGAGUGCCCACGGUGAGCUCCUGGCGUGUUACCAUCUUUGCCAUUGUGGUCAUUGCCUUGGGCAUUGCUCUCUGCGUUGCCGGUUUGAUGAUGCACUGGGCACCGGCAGCCUUGACUGGUGGCAUUGGUGUCCUCAUUGUGACUUUUAUGAUGGGUUUUAUACCCAAAUAUACGGGCAGUGUGAUUAAUGUGAGUCCCGUGCUCUGCGGCAUGUCCUUGCUGAUGGGCGUGAUCCUGUUUAGUAGCUGUGCCGUUCACUCUUGGCCUGGUCUGCUCAUCUGGCUAAUGGCCGGACUUGUACUGGUCAUCAGGUGUGAUAAAUAUUGUUGCAAUUGCUUUGAGCACACGACCAUUAUGAAUGCCCAACUGAUACCCAGUGUUUCGGGGAAAACGAAUCCGGGUUCGGCUGCAGGUUCCAUCAACUUGGCAGGACCCUCGACCAGCAUAAGGAUACCAAGGCCUCAAGGUGUGGGUGUGGUCAGUCUGCCGCAGCGCAUCAAUGGACAUAGAUGACAGUCAGAGUCCUCGGAGGAGGAGGGCGAGGACCUGUUCCACGAGGAUUUCAAUGUAAGGGAUUUUGAUGAGGAGGAUGAUGAGGAUUGCUGGACUGAUUAAGUAGCUGCUGCCUUUGGAAAAGCCCUCAACUUGCUAAGCAGAUUCGCCGCAGGAUAAAGAUGAUGAGGAAAAGCCAGCUUUGAGCCAUGUUUGCCUGACAUUUUUCUAGCUAGCUAAAAUCGAUUGUCGAAAUUUACCUAAACACGUAUUUUAUGUAACUCUAGUUAGGCCUUGCUCUCUACAAAUAAUAGGUUCCAAAUAAAACAUAAUUUUCAACUGGA